AUGCUUUCCCGACUUUAUACGUACGAGCUGCCUGGUCACCUCGAAUUCUGUUUGGGGCACCUCGAGUGCUGUGCGUCCCUCGAAUUUGCUGACGGCACCCCAAUGUCUGCUGACGUCACCCGGAUGUCUGCUGACCGGCUACACUUAAUGGAGUUGCAGCUGGCAACUUCAGAAACCCCACGUAGACUCUUGCGGCAUGGGUCCUGUGCUUUUAGCCAGAUUUACCGAGCUUAUGUGGACACACUUCCUCAAGCUAAGGUGUUCUUGACAGCUGCCUUACACCAGCCAAUAGUACAGUUGUUGAUGGAAGAUGAACUGUUCCUUGAUAUAGACCCCUCAAAAGCUGCUGUCCGUUUUCCUGCUGAGGAGCGCCUCAGAAGGUUUGGUAAAGAGGGCACUCCAGAAUACAAUGCUGCCUUGGCAAAGUAUCGAGCUUGGACCAUUGCCAAGCUUGUAAAAAUUACUGACAGGUUCAUGGAGAGUAUCAAGGAAGCUAUGAACUGCUUCCCUCCUCAGCUUUCUUGGCUUGUCAGAAUUCUUUAUGAUGUGCUUCUAACAGCCAAGCGAGCAGACACGAGAGAAGUCAGUGCCAUCUGUGUAGAUUUGGUGUUUGCAUUUUUUCUUUGCCCAGCUCUUGUCACACCAGAGCCUCAUGGGAUUUGUGAUGCACCAAUAUCCCACAUAUCAAGAUUUAAUCUUAUACAGGUAGCUCAAAUCCUGCAAGUUUUGGCUAUGAGUCGAUGGGAAACGCCUGAUCACCGUCUCUCUGAUCUCUACUCCCACUUUGAGAAGGAGGUAAAAUAUAGUGGAAUUAAUACAUAA